AUGUAUUGGGCUUUGCUGGCUGGUGAGAGGAAGGUGGAUAUUCAGAUGCAUGAUGCAUGCAUGAUGAUGCUGGGUCUUAGUGUUAUGGGAGUGUCGUGGAUUUGGCGUUGUCAGUCAGUGGUUGCACACCAAUGCAACUCCUCACUAACAUUGGAGGACAUAUACUAUGAGGGGCAAUCUGCAAGUUUCCAUGGUGCACAGACCACAGCUCCAACUACUACAACAGCUCCCACUACUACUGCAGCUCCCACUACUACAGCAGCCACCACUACGACUACAGCUCCAACCACUACAGCAACUACUACAGCAACUACAACUACUGCAGCUCCCACUACUACUGCAGCUACCACUACAACAGCAGCCACUACUACUGCAGCUCUCACUACAACAGCAGCCACUACUACUACAGCUCCCACAACUACAGCAGCCACUACUACUGCAGCUCCCACAACUACAGCAGCCACCACUACUGCAGCUCCCACUAGUACUGCAGCUGCCACUACUGCUGCAGCUUCUACUACUACUGCAGCUCUCACUACAACAGCAGCCACUACUACUACUACAGCUCCCACUACUACUGCAGCUCCCACAACUACAGCAACCACUACUACAGCAGCUCCCACUACCACUACAGCUCCUACUACAACAGCAACCACCAUAGAAGCCACUACUACUACAGCAGCCACUUCUACUGCAGCUCCCACAACUACAGCAGCCACUACUACUGCAACUCCCACAAGUACAGCAACCACUAUCACUGCAGCUCCCACAACUACAGCAGCUCCCACAACUACAGCAUCCACUACGACUGCAGCUCCCACUACUACUGCAGCUCCUACUACAACAGCAACCACUACAGAAGUCACUACUACAGCAGCCAGUACUACUACAGCUCCUACAUCUACAGCAACCACUGCAGCUUCCACUACUACUGCAGCUCCUACUACAACAGCAACCACUACAGAAGCCACUACCACUGCAGCUCCCACUACUACUGCAGCUCCUACUACAACAGCAACCACUACAGAAGCUUCUACUACUACAGCAGCCAUUACUACGACAGCUCCCACAACUACAGCAACCACUACUACUGCAGCUACCACUACUACUGCAGCUCCUACUACAACAGCAGCCACUACUACUGCAGCUCCCACAACUUCAGCAACCACUACCACUGCAUCCUCCACAUCUACAGCACCCACUACUACUGCAUCCUCCACAUCUACAGCACCCACUACUACUGCAUCCUCCACAUCUACAGCACCCACUACUACUGCAUCCUCCACAUCUACAGCACCCACUACUACUGCAUCCUCCACAUCUACAGAACCCACUACUACUGCAUCCUCCACAUCUACAGCACCCACUACUACUACAUCCUCCACAUCUGCAGCAACCACUACCACUGCAUCCUCCACAUCUACAGCACCUACUACUACUGCAUCUUCCACAUCUACAGCACCCACUACCACUGCAUCCUCCACAUCUACAGCACCCACUACUACUGCAUCCUCCACAUCUACAGCACCCACUACUACUGCAUCCUCCACAUCUACAGCACCCGCUACUACUACAACUGUCACUACAACCAUACCAUCUACUACUGCAUCCUCCACAUCUACAGCACCUACUACUGCAUCUUCCACAUCUACAGCACCCACUACCACUGCAUCCUCCACAUCUACAGCACCCACUACUACUGCAUCCUCCACAUCUACAGCACCCGCUACUACUACAACUGUCACUACAACCAUACCAUCUACUACUGCAUCCUCCACAUCUACAGCACCCACUACUACUACAACUGUCACUACAACCACACCAACUACUACUGCAUCCUCCACAUCUACAGCACCCACUUCCAUUGAAUCCUCCACAUCUACAGCACCCACGACUACUACUACAACUACACCAACUACUACAUCAUCCGCCACAUCUAUAGCAACCGCUACUACUGCAUCCUCCACAUCUACAGCACCCACUACUACAUCCUCCACAUCUACAGCACCCACUACUACAACUGUCACUACAACCACACCAACUACUACUGCAUCCUCCACAUCUACAGCACCCACUACUACAACUGUCACUACAACCACACCAACAACAUCAUCAACAUCUACAGCACCCACUACUACUGCAUCCUCCACAUCUACAGCACCCACUACUACAACUGUCACUACAAUCACACCAACAACAUCAUCAACAUCUACAGCACCUACUACUACUGCAUCUUCCACAUCUACAGCACCCACUACCACUGCAUCCUCCACAUCUACAGCACCCACUACUACUGCAUCCUCCACAUCUACAGCACCCACUACUACUACAACUGUCACUACAACCACACCAACUACUACUGCAUCCUCCACAUCUACAGCACCCACUUCCAUUGAAUCCUCCACAUCUACAGCACCCACGACUACUACUACAACUACACCAACUACUACAUCAUCCGCCACAUCUAUAGCAACCGCUACUACUGCAUCCUCCACAUCUACAGCACCCACUACUACAUCCUCCACAUCUACAGCACCCACUACUACAACUGUCACUACAACCACACCAACAACAUCAUCAACAUCUACAGCACCCACUACUACUGCAUCCUCCACAUCUACAGCACCCACUGCUACUGCAUCCUCCACAUCUACAGCAUCCACUACUACUGCAUCCUCCACAUCUACAGCACCCACUACUACUGCAUCCUCCACAUCUACAGCACCCACUGCUACUGCAUCCUCCACAUCUACAGCAUCCACUACUACUGCAUCCUCCACAUCUACAGCACCCACUGCUACUGCAUCCUCCACAUCUACAGAACCCACUACUACUACUACAUCCUCCACAUCUACAGCAUCCACUUUUACUUCUGUACCCACUACUAGUACAUCACCCACUACUACAGGAUCCUCACUUUCCUCAGGAACAAGCACUUCUCCACUUUCAACUAAUGCAGCGCUCAGUACUACUGCUGCUGCUGCUACUACUACUUCUACAGGCACCACAGGAAUGGCUCCAGCAGUUACAGGAACAAGGACCACAGUUUCCACUGCUUCAACUACUGCUGCAAUCAUGAGUACUGCCACAUCCAGUACUAUGGCACCAAUUUCUACUAUGUCUCUGACCACAACUGCAGCAACUACUACUACUGCAGUUCUCAGUUCUACAGGAUCCACUACCUCUUCAGCUCCCACUACUACCGGAUCAACUUCAAUGGCAUCUACCACUACUAUAGAAGCUAAAACUAUUAGAUCAUCUACUACUGAAGUAUCAUCUACUACUGCACAAACUGCUACUACUGCAUCUUCUACCACAGCUACCAGUACUACUACUGCUUCCACUACUACUACUGCACCAGUUAUCCCUAUUGGUGGCCUCAGCACCACUGCAGUACCAAAGACUACUGCAUCUUCCACUACAGUGACGUCACCAGCAGCUACUACUCAGGAAACAGGAAGUACCACUGCAUCAUCUGCUACAACUACCAUUACUCCAACUACUACUACAACUGGAGCUAUUGUUGCAGCUUCCACAACUGCUACACUGACUUCUACUGCUACUACUUCAGCGUCCACAGCUACAACUAAUAUUGCUGUUGUCCUGUCAGAAAGUUACAACUUGCCAUAUUGGGGUAUCAUACUCAUUGCGCUGGGCUCCGUACUCGCACUGGGAGUGCUGAUGGGUUUAAUUUUUGGGCUUUUAGGCUAUAUAAGUUUCCCUGCCUCAACGUACAAUGUUGCCAGUUACCCAAGCUACUUAACACACUAUGGAUGGAGGAAUCCUGCAAACCAAGGCAAUGACCCAGAGGGUGCAGCACAAAGAGAUAGAGGAUUUGUCCGAUCUCUGUCCCAAAGAGAUGAACAUGAACUGUCCUCAAGAAAUCAAUGUGGACAGAAUCCAACCAAUUAGCCUGAACUGUUUUUAGCACUUGUUACUCAUUACCAUGCGGGGACUUUGGAAUGGAAAUUGUCACCUCUCAGUCAAAACAUAUCCACAAUUGCCAGCACUAGGCUUAAGUGGAUUGUACUAUUGUGUGAUCCUAUUACAGAGUAUCAUGAAGCAAUCACAUUGGACAAUCCAUCCUCCUUUCGUCAAAUAAUUUUCAUUGGUAGCUAGACCCACAGCAGUUGUUUUUUGAACUUUUUUCUUCAUCUUUUAAUUCAGUUUUCUUUGCUGCUGCAAAUCUACUUAAUAUUUAUUUAUUUAUUAAGAUAUUUAUAUCGUUUAGACAUAUUUUGCAGCACUUAAAAGAGAAUAUUUAGUCAUUAAAGUCAUUGAUCUCUUCUGCAAUGUAGUUUACGAUAUGUAUUCCCUAUCCCAUAUACUGUACACACGGGGUUUACUUCCAGGACAGAAGCUAAUAAACUUUCCAGAAUGUUUUUGGAUUGUGGGAGGGAAAUGGAGAACCUGGAGGAAACACCCAUAAACAUAGGGAAAAUAUACAGAUUAGACUCUUGUUUGAGUUAAACCCACAGUAGCAGUGCUGUAGUAAUUAGGCAGUAAUGCUAACCAUUGGACAACCAUGCUGUCCAAAUAUAUAUGCAGACAAAAAUCACUUGGCAAACUCUGCUGCCCCGAGGCAGAACUCUAUAGUGCCUGGUCCUACACCACAGUCUUGACUGUAUUAUAAAAAGAUGGCCUAUAAGUGAGACCUAGAAAGAUCUGAAGAAACCUCGGUGCCUGAAAGGGCUACGUGUUCCUACUGUUCAGCUAACAAAAUGUUCCUACUGUUCAGCUAACAAAAAGAAAUGGUAGGCUCUUUUCUCAACUCCAAGGCUAAUUUCCAAGACCAGUGUAUGUGAGGCAGGACCUCAUGACAUCAGACUGGCCUCAUAACUAGAGGAGCUGUAUGUGACACAGUUAAGGGAUGCAUACAUUUUAUAUACAUGGUGGUCCCCCACGAUGUUAGUACAGUAUGUAACACAGUGGAGUAGUUAUAGAGGACCCUGCUCCCUCCAUGAUAAUACUAUAUGUAAAUGAUAAUAGUGAGCUGCAUACCGAGUCACAGGUGACGGUUCACGAUGUUACUCUAUCUCACUCCAACUCUGCACAAUUUUUCAGAUAUUUUGUAUUGAAGAAUAAUUAAAUAGCACAUUCUCAGGUUCCCAUCAUGACGUUCUGCUCCCUUGCUCUAUGCAUUAAAGAUCACAGUGUUAUAAUAUAAUCUGCAGAAAAGUGGUUUAUAG